CUCGCCGUGGCAACGCGGCGGGUGACGCGCUCUUCCCGCGACCCUCCCCGGAAGCGGGCGGCGCGGCGCUGAUUGCGUCACGGGGGGGCGGUGGCGGCGGCGGCGGCUUCUUCGGCGGCGGCUGAACGGGCCCGGAGCGCCAUGGAGAGCGCGAAUCAGGAUAUCAACCUUAACUCUCCCAACAAAGGUCUGCUGUCCGAUGCCAUGACAGAUGUUCCCGUGGAUAACGCGGCUGCGGCCAGGACAUGUGUGCCCGAAGGGCUGACUCUGGCUGAGGAGGAGGAGUUGAGAUCCGAGCUCGCCAAGGUUGAAGAAGAAAUUGGUACUCUCAGGCAAGUUCUGGCUGCAAAGGAGCGGCACUGCGGGGAGCUGAAGAGGAAGCUGGGUCUGACUCCCUUGGAUGGCUUAAAGCAAAAUCUGUCCAAAAGCUGGCACGAUGUCCAAGUCUCCAAUGCUUAUGUGAAAACAUCUGAGAAACUUGGAGAGUGGAAUGACAAAGUGACACAGUCUGACUUAUAUCUUUCGGCCAGCAGCACACUGGAGGACUGGAAUGAAAAAUUAACUCAAUCAGAAGCUUAUAAGAAGACCCAGGAAACCCUUUCCCAGGCUGGACAGAAGACUUCAGCAGCCCUUUCCAAUGUAGGUUCUGUUAUCAGCAGGAAACUUGGUGACAUGAGGGCUCAUCCCUUCUCCAGCUCUUUUAGCAGUUACUCCAUUCGCCACUCGAUAAGUAUGCCAGCCAUGAGGAAUUCUGCAACCUUCAAGUCAUUUGAAGAUAGAGUUGGGACCAUAAAGUCCAGAGUGGUGGGCAGCAGGGAAAACAGCACUGAUGGCCUCCACUCCCCCUCGGGGGCUGGAGACAAAGCUCCACAAGACAACGCUCCUUUCUAGACCCGCGCUGGGGCUUUGCACGGCUGUGCACAACCGUCAGAGCGAGCCCUCUCCCUCCCAACCUUCACCACAGCAACAACACAUGAAUCCAAGAAGGGGCUGAGAGCCAAGGCUGGAGAGAUCUGUCAUCCAUUCAUAGACACUGCUGCUGGAUCCAAGUCAAAUAAAGAGAAUGCAAAGUUUUGUACACAGAUAAUAUUUUACACUAAAGUUUGUAGAUUAAAUGUAUCACUGCUGUCCUUUCGGGAGAGCGUGUAAGAUGGAGUUUCCUUAAAGUAGCUCAGAAAUGCCGCUGGUACAAAUGAAAACAGUUUUCCCUUGUCUGAUGUAACUUGCAACAGAUAAAUUGCGAUGAGUAGGACAGUUAUUGGAGAAGGCACAUGCAUGGGCAUUUCAGCUUCUGGCGCUGUUCUCUGUUUGGGGCAUGUCACGCCGCCACGCUGGGAGCUCCCAGGCUUCUCCUGUUACUGGUUUCUCUGGCUCUCGUGGGAGCUGUCUGGUAAAUGGGGUAAACAGUUGGGUUUUUUUCUGGGCUCCCACAAGGGAAACUUCACUUAGCAGCUGCCUCGUUGUUACACUAAUGCUCUAGCUUUAACGAAAACUAAAAAUCUUUAUUUUUAAAUGCAAUGAACUUUAAAGAAAUAAAGCUUAAAAGAAAAAAAAAAAAAAAGCUUUGGCAUCAUGUUAGGGAAAUGCUUCUUUGGACUCUGAAACUGGAUUGCAGGCCUUACAUCACCUUACGCUUUACUUGCUUACAAUUUUUUUUGUUUUUCUAUAGAGGAGACUGUAAGGAUUCUAGAGCUGGAUGUUGAGCACUGGAGGUUUGCAUCACACAGUAGUACAGCAUGCUUAUGAGCCAGUUCUUGUGUUAAAUUCAGUGGUGCACUCCCUUUCCUGAGUGUAUGAAACUUGCUUCUCCCUUCUCGGUUGAUGCCUUCGUUCUUGGAGGAGGAAUUUCUGGGGGCUGCUGGCGGCAGGGCCGUGUUCCAAAGGCCGGAGCGGUGUCCCGCAGUGUGGACACGAUGCUGGACGGGCUCUGCUCUGCCCUGUUCUGUCGAUGCAUCUGACUGGGACUGGAUAUGUUUUUCAGUUAAAAGCCCCAACUCUAAGCUUGAUUUACAAAACUGGCAGAGAGUCCCAGAGCUCAGCCAGUUCCCCCCAGAGCUGGAUAUUGUACUUUUUUUAAUGUCCAACUUCAUUGCUCAGGAGCUGAAAAAUUCUGAGUUUUCUUCUAGAGGCCUGAUCUUAUUCUAGGCAAGGUGCCUCAACGUAGAAAUACCUAGAGUGAGCAAUUCUGUGCCUUAGAGGCGAAGUGGGACUUACUCAGGUCUUCAGACUUGCUUAUGUACAUAUCCGGGUAGUUUUAGUGGUUUAUCACCCUGGAGGGACUGAACUGUCCCUGACCCUUCUUUAGAGAAGCAAGUUUUGACAUGUAUUUGCUGAUUAAUCUCUGUUUUCCCACCCCUGCUCCCCUCCCCCUGCAGACCUGGGGACACAAUAUGGGCUGUUAGGAUGGACUGGGCAGUAGCUGGAGUGCAGAGUGUCCUUUACUGGUGCUACUGGUGUGACUGAAACUGGCCUCCCUGCGAGGAACAGAGCCAGCAAGAGGGGGACUGCUGGAGCUCAGCUGUUGAACUGUUUCUCUUUACAGAUAAAGGCUGAGGAAACUUGUCAAUAAAACGUUCCUUUGGGAGAAAA